UGCUCACCUGCGCUAGGCCCGCUGGAGCAUCAUCUCCAGGCCAGCACAACUGCAGGCCUCCCAGCUCCUCUCUCUCCCCGCGUUCCGGCUCCUGUCCCUGCCAGCUUCUUACUCCCCUUCUCAUUCAUAACAAAAGCUACAGCUCAGGGGCCCAGCGCCAAGCUGUUUCCAGCAGAGAGCAGAGGGAGCAAGGAAGAAUGGGGUUCCUUUGGACCGGCUCUUGGAUACUGGUGUUGGUGCUCAAUAGCGGCCCAAUACAAGCUUUCCCCAAACCUGAAGGCAGUCAAGACAAAUCUCUGCAUAAUAGAGAACUAAGUGCAGAAAGACCUUUGAAUGAACAGAUUGCUGAGGCGGAGGCAGACAAGAUUAAAAAGACAAACCCUCCAGAAAGCAAGCCAAGUGAAAGAAAUUAUUCUUCUGUCGAUAACUUGAACCUGCUAAGGGCGAUAACAGAAAAGGAAAAACUGGAGAAAGAAAAGCAGUCUAUAAGAAGCCCCCCAUUUGGUAACACACUGGAUGUGGAAGAUGUUGAUUCAACUAAAAAUCGAAAACUGAUUGAUGAGUAUGAUUCUACAAAGAGUGGACUGGACCAUAAAUUUCAAGAUGACCCGGAUGGCCUGCAUCAACUGGAUGGAACCCCUCUAACUGCUGAAGACAUUGUCCACAAAAUUGCUACCAGGAUCUAUGAGGAGAACGACAGAGGAGUGUUUGACAAGAUUGUUUCUAAACUGCUGAAUCUCGGCCUAAUCACUGAAAGCCAGGCACACACUCUGGAAGACGAAGUAGCCGAGGCUUUACAAAAAUUGAUUUCCAAAGAAGCCAACAAUUACGAGGAGGCCCUGGAUAAACCCACAAGCAGGACCGAGAAUCAGGCUGAGGCCCUGGAUAAACCCACAAGCGGGACCGAGAAUCAGGCUGGAAAAAUAUCAGAGAAAGUGACUCCAGCGGCAGCCAUGCACGAUGGCUUUGCUAACAGAGAAAAUGACGAGACCGUAUCUAACACCUUGACCUUGUCAAACGGCUUGGAAAGGAGAACCAACCCCCGCAGUGAAGAUAACUUUGAGGAACUCCAGUAUUUCCCCAACUUCUAUGCAUUACUGACGAGCAUCGAUUCAGAAAAAGAAGCGAAAGAGAAAGAAACCCUGAUCACGAUCAUGAAGACGCUGAUCGAGUUUGUGAAAAUGAUGGUCAAGUACGGCACUAUAUCUCCAGAAGAAGGCGUUUCCUACCUUGAAAACUUGGAUGAAACAAUUGCUCUGCAGACCAAGAACAAGCUGGAAAAAAACAGCACUGACAGCAAAAGCAAGCUUUCCCCAGUGCCAUCAGAGAAGAGUCACGAAGAAACCGACAGCACCAAGGAAGAAGCCGCGAAGAUGGAAAAGGAAUAUGGAACCCUGAAGGAUUCUACGAAAGAUGCUAACUCCAACCUCGGAGGAAAGACAGAUGAAGCCAAAGGGAAAACAGAAGCCUAUUUGGAAGCCAUUAGAAAAAACAUCGAAUGGUUGAAGAAACACAACAAAAAGGGCAACAAAGAAGACUAUGACCUUUCAAAGAUGAGGGACUUUAUCAACCAGCAAGCUGACGCUUACGUGGAGAAAGGCAUCCUCGAUAAGGAAGAAGCUAAUGCCAUCAAGCGAAUCUACAGCAGCCUGUGAAGGCGCCAGGCAACCUGAGCCUACCAACUGUUCCAGCAAAAACAAUAUAGCUUAAAAACUAAUUCGGCAGUUAAGGAUUUACCCUCCCAGGAGUAUUAGAAUGUGCUGAAUUUACAGUAGUUAAUCCCUUAGAAAUGGGUAAACUAGAGAUCUCUUGCCAUAAAUACCUUAUGAAAAGUAAAGCAUACGUAAGCUGAGGUUUUUGUAUAUAGAGUCCGUAUUUCCUCUUAAAUUUACAUUUUAUAGUCAGAGAUGUGCUGCUCUGGAAAAGACUCGAAUGGGUUGAACUAAGUCUGAACCUUCUUCCCACAGUCUUACUCUCCCUGAAGACCUGAGAAGUCCUGUUUCUAGGCACGCUGGACACCUGAGCCCUGUGUCAGGUGUUUGUUACAUGAUGCUUCCGCUAGCGGUUCUCUGUUUGGCACUGGAAUAAACCCACAUUUCUUCACAGCCUUGAUGUGCUGAGAAGCAGCAGCUUCUUUAAAAAAAAAAGUUUUAAUUGAAAUAGAAGUAUAUCAUUUUUCUUCCCUCCCUUUCCUCUCUCUAGCCCAGUGGUUCUCCAUCCUCCUAAUGCUGCGACCCUUUAAAUAGUUACUCAAGUUGUGGUGACCUCCAACCACAAAAUUAUUUUCAUUACUGCUUUAUAGCUUCAGUUUUACUGCUGUUGUGAGUCGUAAUGUAAAUACCUGUUCUCCUACUGGUCUUAGGUGAGCCCUAUGAAAGAGUUGUUUGACCCCCCAAAGAGGUCAAGACCCACAGAUUGAGUCUCCCAGCUACUUACUCCUUCCAGCCUCUUCUGUGUUUCCUAUACACACAAACAACAAAAACAGCUGCUUUGGGGGCUGUCCUUUUUAAUCAACUCUCUGUUAGACCCAAUGACACAAAAAGGAGGUUGAAAAUGGGUACAGGAGUCACUGAGCAUAGCCCUGGGAAUAUAGCAGUGACAGAAUGCUUGCAUAAAGGCCUGGACUUAAUGUUCAGCACCACACACACACACACUCACAUAAAUGCAUACCUUCAUGAACACAUAUAUGCACACAGUCACACACAUGAACACAUAAAUGACAUACACAUACACACAAAAUUGAAUUUAAUCAACAAUUUACUCCCUACUUAUAUUUAUAUUUCCCUUUUUUUUUUCUUUUUACUAUACUGAGGUUUCAGACACUAUUGCUCACUCAACAGAGAUAAAGAUUUAUAUAGUCAAGGGUGGUCCUUGGACUUCCCACAGGGCAGGGAACCCUGAAUGCUCUUUGGGCUGACGAGGGAG